AAUAAUGGAGUCUGUUACACGUAAAAGUGUUCUACAGCUAGAGGAAAGACCUGGUGAUAGUUCGUCUUCUAGUGAUGAAGAAAUAAAUACUAUUGGAAACGUUCCACUCGAUUGGUAUAAGGACCUAUCACAUAUUGGCUACACACGGGACGGAAUAAAGCUAUUGAGGCGAAAACGGGUUGGGCCACUCUGUCCUGUUUACGUGAAGAAAGGUUUUUAUUAUCUUUAUGAUGAGAAAAACGAUGAAGAAAUUGCACUUUCAAGGAAUGAUUUGAAGAGAUUGGUGUCCAUCGUUCGCUUGCAGAAUCCCUCUGGAGCAACAGAAAGUGGCUUUGUCGGGGAAGAAAUCGUCUUCUGGACGGGAACACCUCGAAUCGAACCGAUAAGAAAUAGAAAUGAACCAAAAAGAAGUUUCUUACCUUCGAGACACGAGGCAGCACAAGUGGUAAAACUGGUUAGAAGUAUUCUUAGGAGAAAGCGUAUCGAAGAAUUGAAAGAACAUAAAUCAGAGAAAGAGGACUUGUCUAUUUGGGAAGAAACGAGCUUUGAACAGGUGGGCCGAUCCCACCAUUAUUUGCCACCUCCAAAGACGCCAUUGCCAGGUCAUGAGGAAAGUUAUCGCCCACCUCCCGAAUUUCUUCUAAACGAGGAAGAAAAAUCGAAACGGAAGGAAAACAACGAACUCGUUCCAGAAACAUAUAACUUCUUGCGACAUGUUCCUUUGUAUACCUCAUUAAUACGGGAGCAUUUUGAACGUUGCUUGGAGCUUUAUUGUGCCCCUAGAAUGCGUGUGAGACGAAGAAAAAUAGAUCCGGAAGCACUUUUACCCAAGUUGCCAUCUCCAGACACUCUAAGACCAUUUCCAGAUUCACAAGUGGCUUCUUUUGGUCCACAUGCUGGUGCUAUUAGGGCUAUAUCUUUGAAUUCAAAUGGUCAAUGGUUGGCAUGUGCUUGUCAAGACGGUUCAGUUUCCAUAUGGGAAGUGGCAACAGGAAUCUGUCGAAUUAGGAUAGAUUUUCAAGAAAAACUGAAGGAAAUGUUGGCAUCUUUUGAGUCACUAUCACAAGCAACAGAGUCCGAAAUGGAAUCCAUGGGUCAAUAUGAAGACUUGUCAAUCUUACACGUUGCUUGGUCUCCAAAAGAAAAUGAUUUUAAGCUUGCGGUAUGUAUCAAACAUUUUGUUGCUGUUGUCAAUGUCGCACAUAUAUUAUAUCCUGAUGAAGCUCAAGAUUCUCAAUCAUUUGGAUACUCUGUAGUUGGGGAACCAUCCUCAAAUUGGAAAGACUGGAAAGACGAGAGAGGAAACUUGGGAAGAAUUGCCAUUAUUGAGCAUUCUAGGAAAGUUCAACAUGUUCAUUGGCAUCAAAGGGGUGAUUAUUUUGUUGUACUUACAAAGAAUGCAUUCGGAUCUAGUCUCGUGGUACAUCAAUUAAGCAGAAAACGAACCCAAUCUCCUUUCUCGAAAUCUGCCAAAGGUGUAAUCACGGCAGAUUUUCAUCCGUCCAAGUCAUUGUUCUUUAUUACAACGAAGCAUCAUGUUCGAAUUUAUGAUUUGGCACAAGCACAGUUAGUAAACAAGUUAGUGACUGGUAUCAGCGAAAUUUCGGCGAUGAGUGUGCAUCCAUCAGGAAAUCAUGUGCUUAUAGGCUCAGUUGAAGGGCAGCUUGUUUGGUUCGAUUUGGAUUUAUCCAGUCGUCCAUACAAGAGAAUAAGGGAUCAUACCUAUACGGUGUCCAGUAUUGCGUUUCAUCCGACACUUCCUCUUUUUGCUGAUGCUUCAGAUGAUCAAACUGUCGCGGUAUUCCACGCCACAGUGUAUGAGGAUCUUUUACAAAAUCCGCUUAUUGUUCCUCUUAAAGUAUUGAAGCUUCCUCACAAUAGUAAAGGAACAGGGGUUUGGAGUAUAUGUUGGCACCCACAGUUACCUUGGCUGUUCGUGAGUGGUAUUGAUGAAUAUGUUCGUUUAUAUGCAGACACUAGUUGAAGCCUUUCGGGCAACUUUCAACUACUUGUUUUUACCUUUUU